CCCCGAGUGAGGACAAGAAAAUGGAUGGAUGGAUAUCUGUGUGUGGUUGAAAGGUCAUAAGGUCACCAGGGCCCAUCAGCACCAACAGUGACUUCCUUGAGCAGCAGGAGUCCACCAUCAGGAGAGGAAGCAGGCGCCGAAAGACAACAACAAAAAAACGAGCUCUGCUCCCAGCCUGCUGGAGAAGAGACAAACACGAGCGGAGGACUACAGUGGAAGGUAGGACAAGGGACGAGGUGGAACCAGUCAGCAGUGUUACCUGUGGACAUACUUGUGAGGACAUCUUCCAACCUUGUGGUGCAGCAAGAGGACGCAACGCCAUGACGACGGAGAUGCAAGAGAUUGCCAUCACAGAGGACAAGCCGCUGCUCACGGGUCAGGCCGAUUCCAGCAAGGAUGCUGAGCUGGCGGCGAGGAUACUCCUGGACCAGGGACAGGAGCACAGCAUUGAGACCCCGCAUGGUGUCCUGCAUGUGACACUGCACGGCACACGGAACAGCCGCCGCCCCGCCAUCCUCACCUUCCACGAUGUGGGUCUGGACAACAAGAGCUGCUUCCUGCCGCUAUUCAAGUUUGAGGAGAUGCAGGAGAUUGUCAAGAAUUUCACACUGAUCCACAUCGACGCGCCAGGCCAAGAGGACGGUGCUGCCGUUUACCCAGUGGGGUACCAGUAUCCCUCCAUGGAGACAAUCGCUGAGAUGAUCCCCUCUGUGCUGCAGUUCUUCAACUUUCGUACCGUGAUCGGAGUGGGUGUGGGCGCUGGGGCGUACAUCCUGUCCAAGUUCACGCUUGCUAACCCGGAUUCCGUUGAGGGUCUGGUUCUGGUCAACAUCGACACAAACUCCCGAGGGUGGAUGGACUGGGCGGCUCAGAAGCUCAGCUCUGUGACGUCCUCCCUCACUGAGCAGAUCCUAUCCCACCUUUUCAGCCAGGAGGAGCUCUCGUCCAAUACAGACCUGGUGCAGUCUCACAGAGAGCGCAUCUCUAAAGCUCCCCACCUGCUCAACAUAGAGCUGUUCUGGAAGACCUACAACAGCCGUAGAGAUUUGACCCUGGAUCGCAGCUGCACCUUCAAGUGUCCAAUCAUGUUGGUGGUGGGCGACCAAGCUCCAUACGAGGACGCCGCUGUGGAGUGCAACAGCAAACUAGACCCCACCACCACCUCCUUCCUGAAGAUGGCGGAUGCCGGUGGUCUCCCCCAACUCACUCAGCCUGCAAAACUGACUGAGGCAUUCAAGUACUUUAUCCAGGGAAUGGGCUACAUGGCUUCGUCAUGCAUGACCCGCCUGUCACGCUCGCGCACCACCUCCCUGUCCUCCUCAUACUCUAUGGACGGGUCUCGCUCACGCUCCCGCACGCUGUCGCAGGGCUCGCAGGGGGGCCAGAUGCCUCCCAGCCCCUCCCAGACCAUGGAGGUGUCAUGCUGAAGAGGAGGAGGUGUCGAGGACGGGGGAGAACGCCAAGAGAAAGGUGCCAGUCGAGACGAAUGGGUUCCCAUGUUUGUCACCACAACUCCCAUCAUUCCCCGGCAGAGCAGAAUACAGUAGGCGAAAAUUUGGGGGCGGGGUGGGGUGGGGUGGCGUCACACUGAAGUCCAAAUCCUUGCAUCCUCACUGUCCUGAUUUACGGAAAAGCUUUAGAAGAACAGAAAAGAUUGAUGUAAAAUAGAGGGAGAUGGGGUAGACAUGGUGCCCCCCUCCGCUCUGUCAUUGGCCCUUUAAUUUAGCCAGGUCGCUAGAGGCCAUUAACUAAUAAUAGUAAUAAUCCUAAAAAAACAGUGUUAUUGUUGAAGCUGAUGACUGAAGUGUUGUUUUUCUUAAAAAAAAAUACUAUAGCAGAGUUAAACAAUGUGCUAGUUUCUAUUUUGAACUCAUGUUUGUGUUUGUAACCUGCGCCGCUGAGGAGCUCCCCCUUGUGGUGGCCAGGUUGUAAUGUCUUCCAGCCGUCUUUCGCUGUUUUUGUGCCCUCAUCCGAGGAGGUUUUUGGCGGAAAGCUUCCUUCCUCUUGACUUUAUUUUUUAUGUGGCGUCGCGAUGGAAAACGCUAGGGUUUGCUUGGGCUAGCGAGAGUGCUUCCAGUCGCUACAACAGCGACCUCGCUAAGUAGCAUGCUGGCGCGUUGAGAAGGGAUCACUGUGUUUAAUCUUCUGGGUUUUUAAGCUCUCUUAACCUCAAGAUACCUCCUAAUGAAAAAACCCAGCCAGCAUACUUGAGUUUAUGUGCGCUCAAAAGAAGUCCACACAUCCGUGAUGUGAGCAAGUAGGGAAGUGCGUACAAGGCCAGAAGUGUCCAGAAAAGUUCUGUACUGUAACGACGAGCAGCAGCCCGGUCAAUGCCAGCAAUGAGACGAUUUUAAAAUGUGAAAGAUAAUCAAGCAGAGCUAAAGCUGCACAUUCUAAAUUGUCGGCGGGAAUAAUAAUUCCACUAAAGCUAACCACUGCCAUCAGCCACAUUAGCUGCCAAUGGAGCUUUUAAAGAAACAUUCAAGGAUCUAAUCGGCUAACCACUUGUGUGCACCAAUUUGUGACCCAUUGCAUCUCUGCUUUCCCCCCCCCCCGCCUUUGUGCACAGAAAGUGGAAAAUCUUCAAACUGUGAGCCAAAUUGAAGACAAAGGAAGUGAUUGCCAAAACUGCUAAUAAUGAAAGGAAAAGGAGUGGUAGUUGUGUGUGUGUGCGAAGCCAUAGAGGGAAGUCUGACUGGAGAUGUCUGACGUUGUCAAAUUUUCUUUUCCUCCCAUCUACUUUCUGUGUCUCAUCUUCUUUCUGUGUCAGUUCCCCCCAAAAUACUCACGUUAGUCUACCGUGUGAUAGUUCACGUAACUUUUUUUUUAGCAUUAGGUAGAGUCAUGUUAUAAUCAUUGAGACAAAAAAACAAUCCAAUUUACUUGUGUGACAAAAAAAACAAACUGUAACACAUUCUAAGAUAUGAAUAAAAACUUAUGAAGAA